CGCUAAGAUACGGCUUCGAAUCACGGGCCUGCGGUGUCCGCGGCACUCUCGUAAUGUAGUUUACACGUGUGAUGUACCUUCCUUUUCUGGCGUUUCCCAUCUCAACACUCUCGGCAACGAGGAAGCAAUUGGCAUGUGACAAUCAUGACGCUUACAUGUUCCUCCGGUGGACAGUCAGCCUUGCUCCCGUCAGGCCGUCACGCCGCUGUCCGGGCCAAGGCUGUAUCCCUUCAGUGGGUGUGACCCGGUCGUUUUGGGAAUCGUGGACAUCACCCGCAGGCUGUACCCCUCAGCUUCCGGUUGUGUCGGCUUCACCGAGUACGCGGCCCCUAGAUCCAUUGAGAAUAUCGUUUAUUCAGCAUGGACCAAGACUUCCAUUCUAGCCGACCUCAAGGACUGGCUGUCUAUGUUUGGGUCUCACAGAGGAAGGCCGAACU